UAAUUAAAUGACAAUCCACGAAUAGCUACGCAAGGGGCAAGGGCCUUUCGACAUCCCUGGGUGAUCACUAGGUCAGGUCCCUUCGGUAGAGUGGUGCAUCGCACAGUGUACUGCGUCCUGCUCGAGAUGAAUGCCGCCAACCAGGACGGCGCUACGAACGAACCCAGCGCUUCCGGACAUGACGUCAAUUGCUUGCAGCUGCAACUGCACACGGACGAGGCUGUUUGGAUGCGCCAAAUCGGCCACCUAAAGGAUUGGUGCUCAAAGACCCGCAGCGUCAAAGUUGGAAUCCCGGCACGUGUCGCCGCACCGUUGGCAGCCAGCAGCCUCAGGUUGCUGUGGCUUUUUCCAAACCUGCAGCACCUGGACAUCACUUUCAAUAGCACCCACAGCCGCAUGGAUCAGUCCGUGGUGGUGGCCUGUGCGGAGCUGCUGAACCUGACCAGUCUUCAGCUUUCAGGCGGCCACCUGGCUCGCAGUGGUCUCGACCUGGGUGUGCUGACGAGCCUGUGGCGGCUGCGGACUCUGGCGGUGCGGCCCCACAGCGACGAGGAGCUGGAUGGGCUGGAGGACGAGCACCUGGCGGGGGUGGCCCGACUGAAGGGUCUCACCAGCCUCAGCCUGAGGGCCUCAGAGAACGUCACCGAUGAGGGCAUGGGAGCGCUCACGGCGCUGACGGGUCUUCGGCACCUGAGUCUGGUGCCCCUAGGUCUGUGGGUCACUCGCGAGGCCAUUGCUGCCCUGUCCGCCGCCAUGCCCGCACUGGACCACAUAUCCGUCGGACUGCACGAGUCAAGGCAGGUGGCCGUUCUGAAGGGACUGCAGGAGAGGACACCGGCCAGCAGACCCCAGCAGCAGCAGCAGCCGCAGCACGAGGAGGCAGCGGGGCCGGCCGCCGCGUCUGCGCCCGCCAUUUCGUUGGUUUUGAAUUCGCCCGAAGUGUCGACCAGCAGCUUCUUCUCCACACUCACGCUGGUGUUGCGGCCUGCGCUGGUUAGCUUGCGUAUGGCUACCGUAGAGAGUACGGACUCGUCCUUUCUGUUGGCGGUUGGCACACUGGUGCACCUGACGGAGCUCAAGAUGGGG